CAACUUCUGGCAAUGACCCUAGCAAAGGUGCUUAGAGUGCUAAAACUCACGCUUAGAGUAGAUGUCCCCGCAACCAGAAUUCGUCCCAUCGGCCGAGGUUACAACAAUGACCUAUUCAUCGUUGACCACGACGAGUUCAAGGUCGUCCACCACAAGCCACAGCAAGCAGGGACUGUGCCGCCGGCAAGUGGCGCGAAAACCGUGGUGGUCCGGUUGCUCAAGACCGCGUUAGACGGACUGUUGGAGAGGACAGAGAACGAGGUUGCUGCACUUUCGCUCGUUCGCGGGCCUCUACACAAGGUGGUCCAUGUCCCUAAAAUCUACGCUUGGAGUACAACCGCGGACGAGUUUCCCUUCAUUAUCAUGGAGCAUCUCGAGGGUGUACCUCUUGAUACAAUCUGGCCGACGCUCGACCUCCCUGCGCGCCUGCUAAUUGUCCAGCAGAUCGCGACAAUCCUCAAGACUUUGCAAUCUAUUCCUAGUCCAACUAGCGUUGAUACCUUUGGUGGCUUGUCGUUCACGCCUUCGGGAGACAUAACCACUUCCAUGCACCCAGAUGGAUUGGGUGGCCCGUUUUCUUCAGCUCACGCGCAAUGGCUCUCGAUGCUGACGCUCCGUCUGAGGGAUGCUGAAGCAAAUUCCGUGAUCGAAGGUUGGAAAGCAAACGGGCUCCGUGAUCGAAUCGAGGCGUUUGUUGCAAGCCACAAGUUCAGUGCUAUCAUAAACCAAGCCGCAACGGAACCCGUUUUCGUCCAUGGUGACUUCAACUGUCGCAACAUGCUCGUCUCGCCUGACACGCACAAAAUCACUGGUCUGCUUGACUUCGAGUUCGCCCGUAUCGACACAGCACCAGAGGAGCUCAUGGACGGUCUUGAAGACUUCCGCGGCCAUACGUGUCUGCAACCGCCACCAAAAGGUCUACAAUUGCACCUUUUGGACGCGAAGUCCAGCUGGCCGUGCCAGAGGGACGACUACAGCCUUGCGCUCAGUGACGGGUGUCAGAUUGCCCUUGCAUGGAAAGAUGCAUUCCGCAUUGAUGGGCCAGAAUAUGACGCGACUGCGCGGGCGUAUUCAUUCUUAGAGAAUCUUUGCCCGUAA